CCGCUGCAGCCCGCCGCCUGCCCCGGCCCCCUGGCGCCGGAAGAGCGGGCAGCCCCCGCGGACCGUGGAAACGCCCCGGGCGCAGGCGAUCCGGAGCCCAUGGAGACGCAGGACAGCAGUGGGGACUUGCCCCCGGCGACUCCAGCGCCCGGGUUCUGUAAGCGGCCGGCGCGGGGGGGGUCGUUGCUACCCCCGGGCAAAGCCAGCAGGAAACGGAGGAGCAGCAGUUUGGACAAGCCGGGGGCCGCCGAGGCCGGACUGGUGCCCACCAAGAAGGCCCGGCUGGAGGCGGAGGAGGAGGAGGGCGAGCGGCAGCCCCAGGGACAGGACGGCCCCUUCCCCAGCCUGGCCAAAGUCCUGCAGACCCGCUUCUCCGGGAUGCUGCGGAGCGGCCCCGCCAAGGGCCCCGAGCCCACGCCGGGCUGCCGGCCCGGGGACGGGGUGCUCAGCAUACUGGUCCGAGCCGUGGUGGCCUUUUAAAUCCCCGUCCCCGCCGCUUUGGGGGGACUCGUGGCGGGGUGACCUGCCCCGCGGCGCGCAGCGGCUCGCCCGGCUCCUGGCGGGAGCUAUGGGGCAGGAGGUGGGUCGCAGCCCCCCUCUCCCUGGCGGAGGGGGGGCGGGAGCCGGCCGUGCCUCCCGGGGGCGGGAGAGAGACACGUGAAGGCCGUGACUGGAUGGAGAGGGCAGCGGAAGGAAGAUCGGACUUUCCCCUCCCCACCCUGCUGGGUCCAGGGGAAGGCGAGGCCAAAGGAUCGACGGGCCCGAGAGACGCCGCCGCUUUGUGUGUGUGGGAGCGGGGCGGGGGGGGGACGGACUUUGGCACAACUUCGGGAUGGGUUUUCCUCCCCGCUCCUCGCCGAGAGAUGGUUUAUUUUUGUGCAGAGAAAUGCUGGGGCCUGGCCCGGGAUCCGCUGGUGCUAUUCCACAACCCCAGCCCUCGGGGGGAUGGAGGGGGGGUUGCGUGGGGCUUUUUGUAACUUGAAACUGUGUUGUUCUGUGUCCUUGUGAUGGCAGAGAGGGGGCUGCAGACCUGGCGGCCAGAUGGGGCCUGAAGAGGUUUCGGAGGGAGCGAAUGGUGCUGAGAAAUAGUCCAGAAAGGGAGGCUGGUUCCCCAGCACCCGCAGAGAGUGGGGGGAGGAUGGGUGCCCGACUGCUUUCCUCAGGGGGCUGCUUCAGAAAGUGGGUUUUGUGCGGUGUUUCCAGGAGGCCUUUUUACUUUCACCGACGAAAAGCUCAACCCCGGAUUCAUUAAGGAAACUUCCCCCCUUCCAGCCAGGCCUGCCAGUUAUGACACACCGCUCAUAUGACCAGGCAUUGCAUCACAGCCCGUCUAGAAGGGCAGCAGGGAAUUUCCUGCUCAGACCGCCUGUAGAUCUGUGUGUGUGUGUGGAGCUGGUUUUUCAGGGUGUGGGUGGGGUGUGUGACAGCCUGACUCAUUUAACCCUCUAAAGGAGAACCGAGAGGAGGCUGCCUUGUGCUGCUUGCUCUUAAAAAUCAAGUCAAAGAUGGUUUUUUUGUUUUCUUUUU